AUGGCGGACAAAGGAUCAACCGUCACAUACAGGGGCGCCGCACAAGAUGGCGAUGGGAAAAGCUUCCGAUCGGAGGGACCGCCCCGAUCAGACGAGGAGUUUGCAGACCCGAUGGCUGCGCCGUUGAAACGCCAGUUGAAAUCGCGACAUCUUCAAAUGAUUGCGAUUGGAGGAAUUAUUGGACCUGGCUUGCUUGUGAGCUCUGGAAAUGCGUUAGCCGAUGGUGGACCCGCGGGAGCUUUGAUCAGCUUCUCACUGGUCGGAAUUAUUGUCUUUUUCGUUAUGCAAUCACUGGGUGAGAUGGCCACUUUGAUUCCAGUGACUGGUUCCUUUACCGAAUAUGCCGAGCGCUUCAUUGAUGACUCCCUUGCAUUUGCGCUCGGAUGGGCGUAUUGGUAUUUAUGGGUGACGGUUCUCGCCAAUGAGUACAAUGCCAUAUCGCUGGUUAUUGGAUAUUGGACAGAUGCGGUGCCCCAAUGGGGAUGGAUUCUGAUUUUCUGGUUCAUGUUCCUCACCCUCUCAAAUUUGGGAAUUUUGGCAUACGGCGAAAUGGAAUUUUGGUUGUCCCUAAUCAAAGUUUUGGCACUAAUUGUUUUCUUCAUUCUCGCCAUCAUCAUCAGCUCGGGUGGCAUUGGACCCCAUAAGAUCGGGUUCGAAUACUGGCACAAUCCUGGGGCAUUUGCAGAUUCCAUCAAUGGAGUCGCGAAAACCUUUGUUGUUGCUGGAACGUUGUACGCUGGAACUGAAAUGGUCGGAAUUACAGCGGGAGAAUCUGCAAACCCACAAAAGGCAGUACCGAAAGCAAUCAAGCAGGUCUUCUGGCGUAUCCUAAUCUUCUACGUCGGUACUAUAUUCUUCAUUGGAAUUCUUAUUCCGUGGAACGACGAUAGACUUCUAGGGGCCACGUCCAAGACUGCCAGCUCCCCCUUGACGAUCUCGUUGCAGGAUGCCGGAAUUCUUCCCGCAGCUCACCUGAUCAAUGCAUUGAUUGUGAUCAGUGUCAUUUCUGCAGGAAACAGCUCGCUUUAUGUGGCAUCCAGAACCCUACUCUUUAUGUCUCGCAACAGAAAGGCUCCAAAAUUCAUUGGCCGCACGAAUAAACUUGGAGUGCCAUGGGUUGGCUUGAUCUUCACCAAUGUAUUUGCCUGCAUUGUGUUCUUGGGCCAAUCUUCCAGUGCUGGACGAGUUUACUCCGCUUUGAUCACUCUUUCUGGAGUGGCUACGUUUAUCGUGUGGUCCGUUAUUGGAAUUGCUCACAUCCGGUUCCGCCAAGCUCUGGUUGUGCAGGGCCAAGAUCCAUCGAAGCUUCCGUACCAAGCUAUUUUCUACCCCUACGGAACUUACCUCUCAUUGGCGGCCAAUGUGUUCCUCAUCUUCUUCCAGGGAUAUACGUGCUUCCUGAACCCAUUCAGUUCAACCGAUUUUGUGAUCAACUACAUUCUGCUGCCUGUCUUCGUUUUAUUCGUUGUGGGAUACAAAUUCUGGCACAAGACCCGAUUUGUGAAGCUGGAAGAUAUGGACAUCUGGACAGGGCGGAGGGAGAUUGCGGAAGUUGAGGAGACCGAGUCCUUGAAGCCACGAAAGUGGUGGUCUCGCAUAUACUCUAUUGUUAUCGGAUAG